ACCAACCAACCAAAUCGCAAAGAGAGCUCAUCGGAGCAGCACGGUGCCGUCGUCGUCGUCGUGUGUGAAAAGAAGACUUUCAUCGUCGUCGUCGUCGCCCCGUUUCCGAUCCGAGAAAGAAGAAUAUAAUUUUCCAUUUUUCACCUGGCUUAGGGAUCGCGAAAGCCGUCGAAAAUCGGUUCGGAAGCACCGGAAGGGACCAUGUCAACCGUCGGUGGUCCGGUACCCUGAGUGCGAAUCCCGUUUUGUGUGCACAGACAACAACAAACCAACAAACGAAAUCCGCAAAACAGCACAAACUUUUUAUUCCAACAUAAAAAACACCUCUCACCCGUAUUGAAAAAUAAAAACAAUUCAUAAAAAACCACACCAGUACAAUGGAUAGUAAAGAUCAUCUUGCCUCGGAACAGUUGAUACUGUUGUCAUCAGACGACGAAGCCGAUGGCGACGUAGUGAUCGACUACCUGGGCUCGCUGAACAAUCAACUACUGAUACCACCGUUAUCACCACCGGUGCCGAGCAGCACCAGCGGGCUGCUGAAAUGCAAUAAUGACCCGUUUAAUGUAUCUACUACAACCGGAAGUGCUCCGUCGCCAAGAGACGUUCCGCCGCCAUUGGUUCUUUCGCCAGUAGUUGUAAACAGUAACAACCAUCAACACAUUGGCGCCGUGUAUAACUACAACCAAAAUCAGUACAACAACAAUAAUACAAGCAACCACCAUCAGCACUUGAAUAACAGCAGCAGCGGGAACUCCGCGGCAGACAAGUGCAAUAACAACAGCCACAACAACAACAGCUACCGAGGUGGCAAACUGAACGAUAUCGUCAUUGACACCCACGGGACUUACGAUUUGUUGGGCAACGCAGGAGGAGCCAGCUACGGCGUGGCCAACAACAGCAACAGUGUGGCAAAUCAUCAGCAGCAACAACAGCAGCAGCAGCAGCACCAUCUGCAGCAGCAACACACGACGCACACCAACAUGGUGCCGAUCAUAAGCGUCACCCCGCACAGUCCGGGAGCGAAGUUUAACUUCCUCGAGGACACUCUCAAUCAUCUGCAAUGCAUCCGGGAAAGUGUGGUUCAGAUGAAGAAUUCCACCAUCCAAAACUCCAACUUUGGUGGUGCAGGAUUCAUCGGAGCAACGCAACUUUCCUCGAGCAAACUGUUCUCGUCCUGCCCCUCGCUACCGGAUCUGACCAUCUCGAAUCCGGGCAGCAUAUGGCCCCACCAGCAAACAAUGUACGGCCUCAACACCGACCGGCGGAAAUCCUGGACGGCCAUCGAGGACCUGACCGAGUGUGCCAAAUCAUCACACAAGAGUGUAAGCCUGUCAAGCUUGGACAGCGAGGAGCAGGAAUCGCUCAGGGCAGCCGAACGGCUGCACAACCGUACUAGCCGGAACAGUACCGGUGGAAUAUCGACGCAUUCGCUGAACGAAGCAGAAUUAGCGCGCGACUUUGAAAAGAUUGUGGCCAAGCGAAACCUUGCUCCGACCGUGUGCCGGAUUCCGCUGCAGAAGAGCAUCUCGACACCAUCGAUAGCGCCGGUACGCAGUCAGGGUGCCAAAGAGGACAAUGCUACUCCCUCCCGGCAUCUGUCCGAUAGUGAAGAUGAAACCCACGAUGAUCGAUCACUGCUUUGCGUGAGAGACAAAAAUAGCGAAGGGUACACUGAUCAUCCGGAGAAGCGGAGAAAGCGCGGUUCCCUGUUUUUCCGGAAGAAAAAGGACAAAGCCAAAACCAAGGGCCAGAAUUCGACCUGCGAUGCAUGUGGCGCAGUUAUUAAUCUGGCAACCUACAAGGAGCAUGCCGUGGAGUGCAAGGCCAAGAUCGCCAAGAAAUAUUUCCAAGUGCAACCGAAAUCCGGCUCCAACAAGAAAAACACCGCCAACAGCGAAAAAAGCGGCAAGAAAAUGACGGGAUGCUACUCUCCGUGGAGAUUGGUCGCUAACAAGCUCGGCGUGGUAUCAACUCACGCCAGCCACAGUUCCUCGCACCACGACGAUCAAGGUAGAGACUAUUACGAUGGCAACAUGCAUAAUGACAACUCAAACUAUUCGGACGAUACUCCGCUGAUACGGGACGAGUUCCUGCACGAAACGCCGAUCGGACCGCACGAUCUCGGUGCAGAAGCCAUCCUAGGGGUCGCCAUCGAUGAGCACGACUCGUGGAGCCCAAGCGUACCGAAGGAGAUAGUCAAGUCACUCAAAGAUAAACAGGUUAAACGUCAAGAACACAUCUACGAAUUUAUAAUGACGGAGAAGCAUCACUGCCAAACCCUACUAGUCAUGCAGAAGGUUUUCGUCGAAAGCCUCCAAAAGCAUUUUAAUCAUCUCAAUUUGGAGCGCAUGUUCCCGAGGCUGCUGGAUCUGACCGAGCUGCACACCGGCUUUCUGAAGAAACUCCGCCUGAAGCAGCGUGAAAACGCCAUCGUUGACAGCAUUGCCGACAUUCUGCUGGACUUCUUCUCGUCGAUGUCCGCCCAGAAGCUAAAAUCGGCUUACGGAGAGUUCUGCUCCAAUCAUCGAUCGGCCCUAGGCACGUUCAAGUGCUACAUGACCGGGGACAAUACGUUCGCCGAGUGGUACAAACACUGUCAGCAGAACCCGCUGCUCAAGAAAAAGGGCAUCCCCGAGUGCAUUCUUUUCGUGACGCAGCGCCUCACCAAGUAUCCACUGUUGAUCGACCCACUGCUCAAGAGCUCUCGCGAAGACAAGAUCGAGCAGGAGAAACUGCAGAAGGCUAUGCAGCUGGUCAAGGAGAUACUGGUAGACGUAGACGCUCGGGUAGCCGACAAGGAAAAGGAAGAUCGUCAAUUAGAAAUUUUCAAACGAAUCGACGCCAAAUCGUACGCGAUAUUCAAAAAGGACAAGUUCAAGAAAUCUGACAUAAUCUCCAGCAAUAGGAAGCUCAAAUUCGAAGGAGUCGCCACACUGAUGCAGGGACGAUCCAAGAUGCAAACCGUACUGGUCGUUGUGCUCUCCGACUGCUUGUUCUUUCUGCUGGAGAACUCCCACAAAUAUUCGUUCUUCACCCCGGAGAACAAGGCUGGUGUCGUGUCACUACAGAAGCUGCUAAUCCGGGAGAAGGCCGGAACCGAAUCCCGCGGGAUCUACAUCAUAUCCUCGAAUCCGGCUUACCCGGAGAUGUUCGAACUGAAGGUUCAAAAUCCAAAGGACAAAAACGUGUGGAUUCAGUCAAUUAGAGCGGCGGUGCUGGACUGCCCCUCGGACGAAUCCGAAGUCGAAGACUACAUGACUGUGGAACAACGCCAAAAAUUGAUAGACGCUAAGCAAGCCAACAUUCGUGAGAUUAUCUCGAUGGGAACAACCGAAUUGGAAGGCAAAAUGAGACAAAAAGACUUUGAGCAGGCGAUCAUCCUCGAGGAAAAGAUCGCUCUUCAGCUGAGUCUGCUGCUGGACCAGGAGCACAACUCCGAACAGCUUGGGCCAACGGUGGAAGCCUUUCUGUCGAACUACGGCUCCUACCGGGACCUCAUCUCGGACGACUGUGAUACGAUUGAAAUCUGGAAACGGGUGCUGAACACCAUCCAGGAGAUCAGUAAUCUGGCCGCAUCGCUGUACACGGCGGCCACCGGACUUCCGCUGUCCAGAUCGUGCAGUUCGGUCGGUGAACGCCAGAGCGAAGUCUUCAUCUCGCCUACCCUACCAAAGCGAGCGGAAACGUUCGGUGGAUUCGACGAACGGCGCUCGAAGCAACAGCAGAGCAUAGCCAAUACGUCCCGGGAUGCCGUACUUUCUACGCUAUCGGCGGGUUACUUCACUAACAGGGAACUCUACGAGAAACGAGAAUCCAAUGCAUCGGAAUUCGAGGGCGGUCCGUUUUCGCCGGGCAUUCAGAGUGGCCCUCUGAAACAGCUCAAUCACCCGGACGGUUUGACUACGGAACAGGCCAAAGACAACAACUACGCUGCGCUGCACGUUUCGCACCAUCUACACACGUUGUUGUGUAUAAUAUCGCAGCAAAUGACAACGAUCCAGCACCUGCAGCAUCAGUUGAACGUUUUCCGAGAGAAUCCAAAGAGCAUCUACCGUCACAAUGAUCAGCUGGAGGAGCUGCGCAACCUACAGGACAAACUGCAGGAGGAGAAAACCGCCUGGCAGAAGCAAAAAGAAUCCGAGGAACGGGAACUAGAAGAGCAGCGCCAAUCGCAGAAAACGUUGCAGGAGCAAAUACGCUCGGAACAGGAGGACAUCAAACAGCAGCGGGAGCAGUUGUACCGUAAAAUGGAAAUUCUCUCCAGCCAGGGAUUGUUGCUGUCACCAAGCGUCGCUUUACCAGUUCCUGGUAUUCCUGCACAACACGAAACAACCGAACCGGCGGCGAGUAGCGAAGAGUACCACGUCGAUAGCGGCAUGGGCGGUCAAGCAGGUGGAGGUAUGGCAACCAUCGACCGUAGGAAGGAUAAGUGGAGAACUGCUAGCAUAAACAAAGCUCCUCCAGCCAACCUGGUUAGUGCAACGAACGCACCUAAGAUUGGUGUCUCAUCCAUCAAACAGCAGUUACCACUAAAGCUUUCGUCCCUAUCGAGUUCAAAGCCAAGUUCCAACAAUAAUACGGUGACAUCUCCUCCUAGUGGAAGUAGUCCCAGCCUUACAGGAGGCGUUAGUAGCGGAGGUGGUGGUGCUGGAAUAACGCAGAUGUUUCCCCUCAAACUAGCAGAUAAAAAGAACCAUUCGAGCUUACCGAAUCAUUCGCGCACUGGAAGCAGUCCCGCGGUGAUUCAACAACAGAUGCCAGUGCCAUCGGGAAAUCCGGCCACCAGAACCAAUACUUACCCAAAGAUCCCGGAGCGCUACCGGCUGCGAAGCUCCGAGAACUACCAAUCGCCACAACCGGCAUACGCUACCGGGGCCGGGACUGUUCCUCUAGCCAGCCAAUCACACCCGCACUCGCCUUCAUCUCCUUCGCCAUCGCACGCGUCCUCACUGCGAUCGGCAACGAUCCUCGAGCAACAAUACCAACAGCAACAACACCAACUACAACAACAGUCACAGCAGCAGCAGCACCACCACCAGCAUCAUCAGCUGCAUCAGCAGCAACAGUAUCACGGGACCCCGUUGUCCUCGCGUCACUCUAGCCUCCAGAGUCCUCCCCCGGGUGCCGGGGCGUCACCUUCAUCGUCGUCGGCCGAUGCCAUGUCCGGCGUCAACAACAACAACAGCAGCAACAACAGCCCCGCCGGCAAGAAGGACGCCUCCAAGGGCGGCAAGGAAGAGGAGGUGAUUUAUUUUUGAUACAUGCCCCUGGAGGUCGAAAUCUAAGCACCUGGACGUACUGGACUGGAUGCUACUGUUUGCGCUGGUCGUUGCCCUUGUUCUGUACGUUGUGAUUCUUCUAUUUCGACUGAUCUUCCCCACUGUGUGAUCUCUAUUCGUUGACUAUCGUCGGGCGUCAUUCCACUAGGCGUUGAUUCCUUUUCCAGGAAAAAGUGCUGUUUUCAACAGUACAGUUUUAUUUUCAAAAGCCUUGAUUCAAGUCCCACAUGUGUGAAAGAUUACUGAUCAAUAUGGAUUCGUUUAUGGUUUUGAUUAUUGAAAAAUAAUGCAUGUUGUCUAGGUUUAGCAAUUGUUUAGAUCAAGUCACAGAAGUUUAUAAAGUUAGAUGAACAAUCAAUAAAAUUGAUGUUGAUACUUACGUAUGAUGUAAGAUUUUUCCACCAGCACAGGAAAGCUGUUCGAAGGAUGAUCCUUCUAUCGGGAAUGCCCUGUUGAGCUACAUUCAACAAUGGAAGUGACAGCACUGAGUGCAAUUUACUUAUUUAUAUUAUGCAAAUCAAGUUUGACUUAGGUUUUACGCACCGAUAUGUAAUGCGGGCAGAACUCUUUAAGGCCUAUUUACUUAUUCUUCGAGUAGAGAAUUGCGUAUUUUGUCAACCAAUUUGAUGGGAUUAAAGUAGAUCAUAAAGAGGACAUAAUAAGUAAACAAAAAAUUAAAACUCAAAGACUCAAUUAUUACGUGUACUUUUGCAGGUACGCUCGUACGCAUGCGCGAGUGCUACUAGCUUCAAGUUGUAAUCGUGGUAGAUUCGUUUAGAUCAACUGAACGUAAGUGGAUAAACUCAUUUAUAUAUAGUCCUAUUUGCCGCUGGUAGUGUUCGUGAUAUUAUGCUGGUUGUUUCACCAACACUUUUAAGUUUUGGGACAAUCAACCUCAAAAACGACCAUGUGCGUCGGCCGGCUGCCCGUACACGGUACAAAACCGUGAGUUUUUGAGGUUAAUUGUCCCGUCUCAUCUGUACACGCUCAGCAAGUGUGCGUAAGAAAUGUCAAAAACAACUCUAUUGACAUAUCUGUUUAUGUUUAGAGCAGUUUGUGACAAGCAUGUUACGUCAAGACACAAAACAAUAUUAAUGUUUUCUAGUAAACAGAGAGAAAGUAAAAUGAAUAUACUUUGCGAAUGAGAAGCUGGCAACUUUGAUUGUAAAGGUUGCCAGUUUUGUCGUUUGCCGGAGCUGUGGUUGGAUUCUUUUGUAUCCUUCAGUCAAUGGAGCACUGGAAGUCGGAAACCAAUCCUUUCCCUUCCAACACGCACAAUAUGUAGAAAGAUCGUACGGUGAAUCGAGUGUUUCUUUCGCUGUCUCUAUGCAUUUCAAUCUUUUACCAAUAAUGGCAGCAGGCCAUAUCCUGCAGAAGAUUUUCUUUUUGUUUUCUUUCGAACGCUUUGCUAAAGCGUAUAAAUUUAGGAAAACAAAGAAACAGAAAAUAUAAAGACUCGAAAACAUCAAUGUGUGUAUAUGUACAUAGAAUAAUGUUAUUACUAGUUGUAAAAAUAAAGAAAAAAAAACAGUUAUUAUUUCUCACACACACUUACAUUAGCUACCAGAUGAAAAAAAACAAUAGAAACAGCUGUUGCUAUUUUUUAAGAUUGCGAGCUGUUCACCACAUGCUUACUUAUCCGGAAAACCGCCGAUGUGUAACUACAAAAAAAAACUUAAAACAAAUCUUGUAGGAUGUCUCUAUACAGACAAAACGUUGCAUUUAUUGUAGAGGUUAGGUUUUUUGCCAACUACUAGGGAGAAAAAAAAACAAAAACUGCGCUACAGAGCGCUUGCAUUCAUCUUCUGAUAAACUGUUACGUUGUAAACAAACAUAUGAGAAAACCAACACAAACACUCGCUAUCAAAAGCAAAAUACAAAGCUAUUGUACUUAACAAAUUUAACGAGACUGGCAUUUAGAGCAAACUAUUAAAUCUCUAUAGGAAAAACCGCGCGAAGGAUGCACUGCGCAGAACACGCAUUAACAUACCAAUACUCAUAGUUGAAUUGGUCAGGCGUAAAAGUCAAUCACACACACGCACACAUGCAUACAUUCACAACACAACAGACACAUUCCUGUAAAAUAACGUGCGCCUGUUUUGAAGAGUUUAAUUUCCUUUCUACUUAUAAACCGACAACUCGAAACGCAUAUGUGUUUAUACCUACUUAAAUCGUCGAAACUGUAUCGAAUGUUGUUACCAAACAGUAACUUUCGCUUAUGUUCCUUCAGCUAGAAAGCUGUUUUAAUAAUAUUGAUUGCCGAAUCAACCAUAGAAAUCUUAACAGUUCAUUUGCUUCAGACUGAACUCGAAGAAAAAAGGCACAUAGAAAAAUCAUCAAAAUACAAAAUACAAGUACAUCAAAUCAAUUAUCCUUGAAUUAUGUAUUAUCGUCCAUCGAAACGCAAUUUGUUUUUGACACUCAUUUCACACAAAGUUGUAAAACGAUUUUCUUUCAGUGUAAGCACUACACUAUAAGAUAAUUUAGGUAAUAUUUGUUGAAAAUUUAGCCAGACCCUAACGAAACUUCUCAUGUGCCCAACUUUCGUCGAGUACAGCAUGCUGAAUGAAAGACUUUAAAGCUGUUUUAUUUUUUGGUAUUUUUAGUUCGACACUACACUUUAAAAAAAAACACAAAAAAACUAAAUUUUCGGUUGUUAGCAGCUUACCUCUAAGCUUUAGCUUGUACAAAAUGCAUUAAAACAAACAAACAAACUGCUUACCAUAUAGCCGUGCAGACUUACAAAAUAUGCAAACACAUGAAAACAUCUCGACAAUAUCGAAAAAUUGCCCGUAGCCAAACCUGGUAACAAUUACUGAGUGAAAACGACAGAAAAUUAUACCAAGUGCUCAAUACAAUCAACCAUUUCUGCUAGUAGAUUUAACCAUGAGAUGAAAUGCCAAAAUUUCUAACGUUUUCUAGAAACGAUGUAAAAGAUCUGAACAAAGUUAACCUGAUGCUCCUAUAAGACAGUUUGUUCGGUCGAUAAAUCAAUCUAUUUUGCUUAACAUUAAAAGACAAAAGAAAACAAACAUUUCAACAAACAAUGUUGCUCCUUAAAAAGUAGCCAACAGUUUUAAAUUACCGUACGCAAAUCGCAAAACUUCUUGACAAUACAAAACCGUUCUAUAUAUUUCGAUUGAAUACACUAUUUAACACUCAGCGAACAGCAACCGCAAAUCAAUUAUAUCAUAUAUUAUUGAAGGUGGAAACACAACAACAAAAAAAAACACACGGAGGGAAAAAGGUGGAACUGUGCGUGAUAAAAUUGACUUAGCGCAGCUUGAAACGACAAAGGCGGCACACAAAACAAACAUAGAACCUGCUCGAAAUCGUAGCCACAGAAUCUAAAUCUGAUAGUAAACAAACAGCGUAUUAAUGUGUUUAGAGCAAACUAAAAGAGAAACAAGAAAACAGUAAACAAUACCAUACUUAUAGAUAAAAGUAUUACACUCUCGUCUGAGACUUUAGUGAGAACCAGAGAACUUUUGUCCCUAAAUGUAGGAGUAAAAGAAAUUGAAAUAGAAACAAGAAAAAAAUCUGUACAUAUUAGCAAAACAAAGACUAUUUAAUGUUUCAGAGCAUAAGUAUUUUUGAAUGUGUGAAGAAAACAAAAACAACAAAAAACGAAUGUCGAGGAAAUCAGAUAAAAACAAGCAAAAACAAAAAUUAAUCUAUAUACAUAUAUACAAACUCACAUACACUCGAAAAAAAAAUAAUUAAAAAAGAAAACUCAUCUGCUCAAAUCAUCUCUACAAACAGGUCAAACUACUUAGCUAAAACAAGAAGGAAAAAAACAUCAACAAUCAAUCACUUCAAAACAAAACGAAAAAACAACGGCAAGAAAGAGGCAGCUUUGGCAAACGCGGGAAAGAACCAAUCCGGGUAAUAAAACCAAAAUCAAUCAAGUUUUGACGUGAAACUAAACGAGGAAUAAUACUUAGAAAUGCAAAUCUGUACGUACACUCAAAAAAAAAGAAAUUUAUGAACAAGUUUUGUGAAUUUUCCUCUAAAACUUUUUUCCUAAUAAUCGGCGUAUGAAACUUCCCGGUUUUAGAGUUUAAGGGAGUCCAACUCAGAAAAAAAAACUUCGCUCAAAAUUUAACUUCAACCCCGAAAUGAAACACAAUGUUUUUCAUCAAUGAAUGUCGCUUCCCGCAUUACCAACGAUCGAUACUACUAACAAGUAAUGGAUGGUGUAACCUUUACCUUUUUGAAGCAUUCACCCACACACUCACACACAGAAUUCCGUCGUGUUGUUAAUUCCGACACCUGGCCAUGGUUUUUCGGCCAUCUUUUUUCUCUCUUUCAAUAUUAUUAACCGAAAAUAAACAAACAAACAACAGAUAAAACCAUAAACAAACAACAACAAAAAAAAACGAGAAAAGUAAAACUAUUGCGAGAGCUGAAGUAAAUGCGAAAAAAAAAGUUGUAAUUUGCUAAAUGGGUAACGAACACAUAUUCAUACUUAAUCCAGAUGUGCGUAUGUCUGUCUGUCUGUCUGUGUGCGUGUGUUUAACUCUUGAGAUUGUCCCCCAACACACACACGUACAGUGAGACACACCACCGUAAACGUAUAACGGAGAGAGCAGGCGAUGAUGGCAGCAUUUGAACACACACUAGAAAAGAAGAAGAGAACAUAAAACCAAAACGUCAAAACUGAUAAUAAAAAAAAGCGAUGUUAUUAUUGUUGUUUGUCGAUUAGCGAAUUUGGUAGUAGGGAAUUUGCACUGGGGUUUUUGCUGUUUUUUUUUUCGAGUAUUGAAUUUUUUUUUUGAGUGCCAGGUUUUUUUACCUCUUCUAGCGGAUUUGCUUUGGACAAAUUUUAGGUCAACGCUUGUGUCUGUUUUAUUUUUUCUGAGCUUAGACUUCUAUAUUUUAUGAUUGUUUUUUUACUUUACAAUUUCAAUUUUAAACUAUUUGAAAUUUUUUUUUUCUGAAUUUGAAAUUAUUAAGCCUGUUGCUAAUUUUUAAAUUUUAACUUUUAUAUUUUUCUGUUUUUUUUUUAAUUUAUGGCACAAAAUUAAGUUUUAAUGCUCGAAAAAAAACGGAAUGAAAAUCUCACCACAUUUAAUCAGAAUAAUUGGGAUUAGCUCAGUUUCGUAUUUUUCCGGUGGCUUUUCUUCUCAGUAGUCGAAUCAAAUUUUCAUCAGUAUUUCGAUAAAACCAAGAGCAAACCUGACUUGUGUAAGCUUGAACGAAUAUGUAUUAGGAUUACACUUUUAUAAUCGCUUAGGAUUACGUUUAUUUAUUUAUUUUAUCAUACUCUCUAAAUUAUUACACAUAACGCAAUUACAUUCGGACAUAUUAUAUUAGUAUUCCACAGCUUUUUUUUAAACAAUCGUACUGACCUUUUUCGAAUCAUUCCAAUCAGUUUGGUAGCUCAGAGGAAAGUAUAAAAAAAACUACAUUCGAUAAUACACAAACUUAAAGCGCCACCGAAAUUUAAGAGUUUCAUAUGAACAAAGAAGAAGAAAAAAAUCAAACGAGUAAAACAAUCAAGAUUAUAGAGACUGUUCAUGAUCUAGUUCUUUAGUAACGAUAUCAUUUUAUGACUUCCACUAGAUAUGAUAUUCGAUUUUAACUUUGAAAACCGCGUUUAUCCCCUUUACAGGUAAUCUUAUUUAAACAAAAACUUUUGAAAAAAAAAUACGAAACAAAAUUCGAAUCACGCUCUCCUAUUUGGCAAAUCGCGCGACUAUUGUCGGGUCGCCUGAACGUUGUUGGAGUGAACUUUUACUCCCGGGGACUUCCUGGGGCAAUUCGACUUCACAACAUCUCGAUCGAUUACUUUCCACGCCUGCGUUUAGAAGAAAUUUAUUGAAUCUUGAAAAACAAAUACACGGAAACGAAAAAAAAAAAAAAUAAAACUAAAUAAAACAAGCAAAUCUAAACGGGUCAUCCAGAACGCAACUCUUUAAUAAAAAAUAAAUAAAAGAAA